CACAAAACAAAAAGACCUACCCAAUCACACUAACCUAUACAUUCAUCUUCUCCAAAAAAACACAGCAACCCAAUUACACACUCACCUAUACAUACACCUCUGCAUCAAGAAAAUGGCGACCAGCCUUCUCCGGCGCGCAAUCACGAAACCCCAUCUGACCCAGCUCUCAAAACUGCAAAUUUUUAGGGCCCACGCCACCGAAAUCGAGUCCCAGACCCGAGAGCCCACGGCCCGAUCCAACCCCACGCUCAAGACCUUCCAAAUCUACCGAUGGAGCCCCGAAAACCCGUCGAAGCCCCAGCUGCAGGACUACAAAAUCGAUCUUUCUGAAUGUGGGCCCAUGGUUCUAGAUGCCCUUAUCAAAAUUAAGAACGAGCUUGACCCGUCCCUGACUUUUCGGCGAUCUUGUCGGGAGGGGAUUUGUGGGUCUUGUGCUAUGAACAUUGAUGGGUGUAAUGGGUUGGCUUGUUUGACAAAGAUUUCGGAUGCGAAAGAGGCUUCGAUGAUCACCCCAUUGCCCCAUAUGUUUGUGAUUAAAGAUUUGGUGGUGGAUAUGACUAAUUUUUAUAAUCAGUAUAAGAGUAUUGAGCCUUGGUUGAAGAGGAAGAGUGAGAAUAAAACUGGGAAAGAGAUAUUGCAGAGUAAGAAAGAUAGGGCUAAGUUGGAUGGGAUGUAUGAGUGUAUUUUGUGUGCUUGUUGUAGUACUUCUUGUCCCAGCUAUUGGUGGAAUCCUGAGUCUUAUCUUGGCCCUGCUGCGCUUCUUCAUGCCAAUAGAUGGAUUAUGGACAGCCGAGAUGAAUACACUAGUGAAAGACUCGAUGCAAUCAAUGAUGAAUUCAAGCUAUAUCGUUGCCACACAAUAUUGAAUUGUGCUCGUGCCUGCCCCAAGGGACUGAACCCUGGAAAGCAGAUCAGCAACAUCAAGAAGCUUGAGGCUAAAGGCGCAUAAUAGCUUUUGGAAGAAUGAGAACCUUAAACAAAACCAUAUUCUGGAUUAUUUGAAAGAACAGAUUAUCUUAUAGCUGGUUGUAAUAAUUUUUGACCUGGUUGUAUUUGUCCAUCAGAUCUUCCUAGUUCUUUUAGAUAAAAACGUCGACAAUUUACAUAAUCAGGUUGGCUGACCUUGUCUUUUACUGUACUGAAAUAUUGGUUACUUCAUACCAUUCGACUGGGCAUCUUCUAGCUCUCAGUGUGUUGAAUAAGUCACCGAACAUCCAGAUGAUGUUAUGCAUGGUGUUCAGAACA